UGCACGCCGUUUGACGUUCGUUGAGUCCGCCAUAGUUACUUCCGACUGAGGUUCGCCAUUUGCCAACUUCUUUGGCCAUUUACCAUACCUCGGCGGGCCUUGCCACUGCAGUCUAAAUCACAUUUAGCGAAUUUAAAUAUUCAAGCAUCAUUCUCUUGGUUUUCAAGAAGAUUUUAACACCAUGGUGGACGACAAAACUACCGCUAAAGAUUUGGAGGUCUGGAUUGAACAGCUAAUGGAAUGCAAACAGCUUACGGAGGCUCAAGUGAAAACGCUCUGCGAAAAGGCGAAAGAAAUUUUAAGCAAGGAGUCCAAUGUUCAAGAAGUCAAGUGCCCGGUCACCGUCUGUGGUGAUGUCCAUGGGCAGUUCCACGACCUAAUGGAGUUGUUCCGGAUAGGAGGGAAGUCGCCAGACACUAACUACCUCUUUAUGGGUGAUUAUGUCGACAGAGGCUACUAUUCUGUUGAGACAGUCACUCUACUCGUCACCCUGAAAGUACGCUUCCCUCAUCGUAUUUGCAUCCUGCGCGGUAACCAUGAGAGCCGUCAGAUCACUCAGGUUUAUGGAUUCUAUGAUGAGUGCCUGCGCAAGUAUGGCAAUGCAAGCGUAUGGAAGUACUUCACAGACUUGUUUGACUAUCUACCUCUUACUGCUCUAGUUGAUAACCAGAUCUUCUGUUUGCAUGGUGGCCUCUCACCAUCUAUAGACACACUUGACCAUAUCCGUGCCCUUGACAGAAUACAGGAGGUUCCCCAUGAGGGCCCCAUGUGCGACCUCCUGUGGAGUGAUCCUGAUGACCGCGGCGGCUGGGGCAUCUCGCCUCGUGGAGCUGGCUACACAUUUGGCCAGGAUAUCUCUGAGACAUUCAACCAUACCAACGGCUUAACUCUCAUCACCAGAGCUCACCAGCUUGUUAUGGAGGGGUACAAUUGGUGUCACGACAGAAACGUGGUGACCAUCUUCAGUGCUCCUAACUACUGCUACCGAUGCGGCAACCAAGCUGCCAUCAUGGAAUUAGAUGACGCCCUCAAAUACUCUUUCUUGCAGUUCGACCCCGCCCCCAGACGAGGAGAGCCUCAUGUCACCCGGCGCACACCUGACUACUUCCUGUAAAAGCCAGGGUCUUGCCACAAUUCUAUAACCUCUAAAGUAUUCACAACAGGGGUGAUCCCAUUGAGUUAGAAUUAAAACACAGAAUGCAAAGAGGGCUGAUCCUUGUCUUGCGUGUAAAGAACUCAGAUGCAUCUAGCUCCUUUGGUAUCAUACAAUAAAAUUAGGUGAUGACACUAAUUGGAAAACAAUGCUGAUCACAUGGUUUGAGACACAUUUGACAAGUUAUAUAAUUUUGUUGCAAGAUCAAGGACGAAUUGCAUUGUAUGCUUCCACUGUAUACUAUGAACGGCCAACAAAUUAUUAAUAGUAUAAAUUACACAGCUAUGAGAUUCUAUGCUACCAUUAUAUUAACAACUAAUGUAUAAAUACAUAUUGACGGGUUGUGUAUAUGGCCAUGUAAUAGUAUUAGAGGUGAUGUUUUGAAAACUUCAUGGAUAUGACAUGCUACUUAGCUUUUAUUAUGCUACUCUCUAAUUCCACCUUCAUGUACUAGAGCAGUGCAGAUGGCUUUGAUAACAUGUGGACAUAAUUUUCCUUUGCUAUUUUGAAAACCUAGUGGGGAUUCAGAUAUGUGUACUUUGAAAAUAUUUGGAUUACUGAGAACUAGCUACAAUAUUAACAGCUUUUAGAGUGGGUUUAGACAUUUCUCCCAUUUAUUUCCUUGUACAUUCUUUUUCUUUCGUCUUAUUAACACCCCCUUUGAAAGCUGGGUCAAGCAACUCUAGGAACCUCACCUGUAUGUAUUGUAACAAAUUUCUUAAGAGCCAUUAAAUAAAUUGUUGUCAUUGUA